AUGACGGAGGCAGCGGAAACAACGCUUACUGCGUUAUUGCCUGAACGCACCCCACUCACUAUCAUACACACACAUACAUCACAUUCACGAUCGUAUGACUCGCCCUGGUCUACAUGCAUUUUGAGGAGGUUUUUUGUCUUGCUCCAACGCUCGACGUGCGGGAUAUAUUUAUGGAGGGGUUAUUUCGUUCUGUUCUUGUAUUACUAUUUUGGGGAUUGUUGCGGGGAGGCCAGGGUUUGGACGCCGUUUGGCCGGAUUGCAAUGUGA